AUGGUUUCCGCGGCCGCCCCACUCGUUGGCCCGCCCGUCGCCGUCGUCGACACCACCAUGGCAGAUUGCAAGGCGCCCAAGCAGAAGCAGCCACCGUCGACGAAGCCCAAGCGCGUGCAGCAGCCGCUCUCGUCAUCGGACGACGACUCCAGCGACAGCGACUCCGACUACGGCUCGCGGGCGGCGCCGCGGCUCGGUCGGGCGCUCUCCUACACCUCCUCGGGCGACCCCUGCGUCGACUUCUUCUUCCAGGUCGUCCCCGGCGCCACCGCGUCCGCCGACGUCGCCUCGCUCCUCAGCGUCGCCUGGGCCAGCGACGCGCGCACGGCGCUCAGGCUCGUCUGCCACCUCCGCGGCGUCCGCGGCCUCGGCAAGUCCGACAGGGAGGGCUUCUACGCCGCCGCGCUCUGGAUGCACGCCAACCACCCGCUCACCCUCGCCGCCAACCUCGACACCUUCGCCAACUUCGGCUGCCUCAAGGACCCCCUCGAGAUCGUCAGCCGCGUCCUCCACGGCCCCCGCGACGAGCGCGAGGAGGCCGUCAUCGCGCGCUACGGCUCGGACGACAAGUUCCGCCUCCUCUACGACCGCGUCGCCCAGAUGUUCGCCGAUAUGCUCAAGUCCGACCUCGAGCACCUGCGCGCCGGCGACAAGGGCAAGAUCGGGCUCGCCGCCAAGUGGUGCCCGUCGCUCCGCUCCUCGUACGACCGCUCCACCCUGCUCUGCGAGGCCAUCGCGCGCCGCGUCUUCCCGCGCGACUCGAGCCCGGAGUACCUCGGCGCCCCCGACGCCCACUACGCCUACCGCGUCCGCAAGCGGCUCCGGGGGGAGGUGCUCGUGCCGCUGCGCAAGGUCCUCGAGCUCCCGGAGGUGUACAUGAGCGCCCGCAAGUGGGACGAGGUGCCCUACGCGCGCGUGGCGUCCAAGGCCAUGCGCCAGUACAAGGACGCGUUCGAGAAGCGCGACAAGUCCGGCGUGGCCGGCUUCUUCGACGAGGUGCGCGCCGGGCUCGCCAAGAUGCCCGCGGACGCGGUCCUCCCUCACGAGAUCGUGGCCGCGGCCCUCAAGGGCGAGCACGACGAGUCCGCGGAGCUCCAGUGGCGCCGCAUGGUGGCGUCCCUGGCCUCGGAGGGCCGGCUGACCAACUGCAUCGCCAUGUGCGCCCUGUCCAGCUCGGUGGAGAAGCCGCCGGCGUCGGCGGCCAUUGCGCUGGGGCUGCUGAUCUCGGAGCUGAGCCAGGAGCCGUGGAAGGGGAGGGUGAUCACCUUCGACGCGACGCACCAGCUGCACAAGGUGGUUGGCGCGUCGCUGGUGGACAAGCUCCGGCCGCUGGCCGCCGUGAGGGCGCAGAAGGGCGCGAACCUGCAGGCGGUGUUCAACAAGAUCCUGAACGUGGCGGUGGCCGGCGGGCUGAGCAAGGACAUGAUGGUGAAGCGGGUGUUCGUGCUGAGCGACAUGGAGUUCGACGGGUGGACGGGCGGCGAGGCGUGGGUGUCGGAGCACGACGCCAUCAGGAGCAAGUUCGAGGCGGAGGGGUUCGCUGUGCCGGAGGUGGUCUUUUGGAACGUGGGCACGUCCAAGGCGUCGGUGCCCGUCGUGGCGGCGCAGAAGGGCGUGGCGCUCGUCAGUGGCUACUCCAAGAACCUCGUCAGGCUCUUCCUCGAGGCCGACGGCGUGCUCACCCCGUCGGCCAUCAUGGCCGACGCCAUCUCCGGCCAGGAAUACGACGCGCUCGAGGUCCUCGACUGA